AUGGCCGCGAGAAAUCAACAGCAAGAGCAAAGAGAAGUAAAUGAAGGGGACUUGCCAGUGUCUAUGUUUUUGACGCCUAUAGCAGCACCCGCGCGGUCCAGCAUAGUAUAUCCAGAAUUUGGGGUAAACAACUUUCAGAUACGGGCUGAUUGGAUUAAUUUGAUGAGCAACACUCUGCAAUUCUACGGGUUACCUCAUGAGAAUCCAAACACGCAUAUCUCAAGGUUUCUCCGGAAUUGUCAGAAUUGUCAUGCUCCCGGGGUUAAUGAGGAUGCCAUCAAGCUGCGAUUAUUCCCAUAUACACUAAGAGAUGCAGCAUUGGAAUGGCUGGAUGCCGAACCGGAUAGAAGCAUUACCACAUGGGAGGAACUGACCAGGAAAUUCUGCAAUAAGUUCUUUCCACCAGCUAAGGUAGCAAAAAUCAGACUGGAAAUUCAAACUUUUCAACAGAGAGAUGGGGAGAGCUAUCAUGAAGCAUGGAACAGAUUUAAGGAGUUGAUGAGGAAGUGUCCAAAUCAUGGGAUCACUAUUGGAAAUCAAGUGCAGUAUUUCUACACGGGACUUUCAUCAUUAUCCAAAUCUCAAGUGGAUUCCUCUGCAGGCGGAUCGAUCAUAGGGAAAUCAGUGCAACAAUGUAUGGAUCUCUUUGAGUUGAUUGCUACUACUCAUUCCAUGUUUUCAUCAGAAAGAGUGGUGCCUCCAAAAAUAGCGGGGAUAUACGAAGUAGACAGCUCAGCGUCGACCAACGCCCAAAUAGCAGCAUUGACAAAACAAGUGGAGUUAUUGGUGAAGUCACAAACAAAAGGAGCACACGCAGUGAUUGCCGGUCCAUCAUGUGAGAACUGCGGAGCUAAUCAUCUAAUAGAAAAUUGCACAUCAUUAGGCUUUCCAAAGGAACAAAUCAACUUCAUUCAAAAUGGCUCUCGAAAUUUUAAUCCCUUUUCACAGACAUUUAACCCAGGAUGGAGACAACACCCAAACUUCAGAUGGUCGGAUAAUCAGCAAGGGAGCAGUUCGAACAAUAACCAGCCAGAGAAAAGACCAAAUUUGGGGGAGAUGUUCAACCAGUACAUGCAGAAGAUAGAUAAGGUAUUCCAACAGAUUGACACUAACUUUCAGAAUCAGCAAGCAUCUAUUAAGAAGCUGGAAACUCAAAUUGGUCAGAUAGCUCAACAGCUUGCAGAACGCCCACAAGGGACUUUGCCAGGCAACACAAUGGUCAAUCCAAAAGAGCAAGUGCAAGCUAUUACAACUAGAAGUGGAGUGCAACUUCCAGAGAUACAUGUGAAGAGACCAGAUAGAAAAGACAGAGAAAUAAUGGAUGAAGAGGCUGGGACAAAAGCAGAGUCUGAACAACCAACUAACGAGGAGGAUAAAAGGAAAGAAACAUCCACGGUGAGAGCACCCACCCCCGUGAAAGCUUAUGUGCCACCAAUUCCCUUCCCUCAAAGGUUACAAAGAAAGAAGUUGGACAAACAGUUUGCAAAGUUUGUGGAGAUUUUCAAGAAACUGCACAUCAAUAUUCCGUUCGCAGACGCAAUAGCCCAAAUGCCCAGUUGUGCAAAAUUCUUAAAGGAGAUUCUGUCUAACAAAAGGAAGCUGGAAGAACAUGAGACUGUCUGUCUAAACGAGGAGUGCAGUGCAAUUCUAUUGAAAAAGCUACCUCCUAAAGCCUGCAAGGGUAGGGUUGCCGUCAUUGGUGGAUCUUUUUAG